UCAAACUUAUUUCAACGUUUUUAAAAUCUUAACAAUGGAAAGUAAAAAGUUAUUCAACAUUUUCAAUAACAAAAAUAAAUCCACAACUACUUCUACAAGUUCUACAGUUUCUACAAAAAUAGAUGUUGAUCAAAAUAUAUCGGUUUCUAUCACUACUGCUACCAAUACCAAUAUUGUCAACAUCGAUGAUGAAUCUAUUACCAAUAAUACCUCAAGUGGACAUUUAGAUCUUGGCGAUUUAAAUUCUGGGCCUAUGAGGCCAAUUUUAAAAGUAUUUCCAAAAACUAAAUUUGGACAACAAAACAGAUCAUUUUCUUGUACACACUAUAAAAAAUUUCCAUGGAUUGAGUAUAGCAUUAAAAAUGAUGCUAUUUUUUGUUAUGCUUGUCGUUUAUUUUCAAAAGACUCUGGCCAUGUUGAACAAACAUUUAUUAGUAUUGGAUUUAAUAAUUGGAAAAAAAGAUUCAAAGGUUAA